AUGGAGCCAGACUCCACCCCUUCCAGUCACACAGACCACCCACAGACCGCCACCCACAGACCGCCACCCACAGACCGCCACCCACAGACCGCCACCCACAGACCGCCACCCACAGACCGCCACCCACAGACCGCCACCCACAGACCGCCACCCACAGACCGCCACCCACAGACCGCCACCCACAGACCGCCACCCACAGACCGCCACCCACAGACCGCCACCCACAGACCGCCACCCACAGACCGCCACCCACAGACCGCCACCCACAGACCGCCACCCACAGACCGCCACCCACAGACCGCCACCCACAGACCGCCACCCACAGACCGCCACCCACAGACCGCCACCCACAGACCGCCACCCACAGACCGCCACCCACAGACCGCCACCCACAGACCGCCACCCACAGACCGCCACCCACAGACCGCCACCCACAGACCGCCACCCACAGACCGCCACCCACAGACCGCCACCCACAGACCGCCACCCACAGACCGCCACCCACAGACCGCCACCCACAGACCGCCACCCACAGACCGCCACCCACAGACCGCCACCCACAGACCGCCACCCACAGACCGCCACCCACAGACCGCCACCCACAGACCGCCACCCACAGACCGCCACCCACAGACCGCCACCCACAGACCGCCACCCACAGACCGCCACCCACAGACCGCCACCCACAGACCGCCACCCACAGACCGCCACCCACAGACCGCCACCCACAGACCGCCACCCACAGACCGCCACCCACAGACCGCCACCCACAGACCGCCACCCACAGACCGCCACCCACAGACCGCCACCCACAGACCGCCACCCACAGACCGCCACCCACAGACCGCCACCCACAGACCGCCACCUCUUGAACUCUAA